ACGCAGUUUCCGGACGGCGCGUGAGGGCGAGCGCAGCAGUUUGACAGCGGCUGAGCGGCGAGACGGACUGCACGCAGACGCGAUGUUUAUAAAUGUGAUAUAAAUGCGGUCUGUUCGCGUUGACAGCUCCGCGAGCAGCAUACUGACGCUCUGGGACGCGAUGUUUGACGCGCGAUGACUUGUGCGAGUUAAGGCUGAUGUGUGAUAUGCGCUCUGUUCCUGUCCGCCAGUAUGGUAGACAUGGAAAGACACUACAAUCCCCCAUCACCGCUGGAUGACUCCGUGUUGGACAGCCCUUUGUGCAGAGACUUCAUCGGUGGUAUGGAAGAUCUUCAGGAUAUCUCUCAAUCCAUCGAUGAGGAUGCGCUCAGCACCAUCGAGAUGACGGAGAAUCAGUCAUCGGGUCUCGGAUCGGGUUCAGAGAGUUCAACUGCGUUAGACGCAUUGACGCCAGCGUCCAGCCCAUCAUCAGGUGUGUACGGUGGCCCGGCGGGACAGGAUGAGUUCACCUCCGGUUCCUUGAAUCUGGAGUGUCGUGUGUGUUCUGAUCGGGCGUCAGGAUAUCACUAUGGAGUUCACGCCUGUGAGGGGUGUAAGGGUUUCUUCAGACGGACCAUUCGCCUUAAACUGGAGUAUGACAAGUGUGAACGCCGCUGUAAGAUCCAAAAGAAAAAUCGAAACAAGUGCCAAUACUGUCGAUUUCAGAAGUGCCUGAUGGUGGGAAUGUCUCACAACGCCAUUCGGUUUGGGCGAAUGCCACAGUCGGAGAAGCUCAGACUGAAGGCGGAGAUCCUGACUGGUGAACGUGAGGUUGAAGACCCGCAGGUGGCUGACCAGAAAACUCUCGCCAAGCAGAUUCACGAGGCCUACCUGAAGAACUUCAGUAUGAACAAAUCCAAAUCACGCAGCAUCCUGACAGGAAAAGCGAGCACGCCGCCGUUUGUCAUCCAUGACAUGGAGACUCUUCAGCUGGCCGAACAAACGUUUGUGGCAAAGAUGGUGGGAUCCUCCGGUGGGCUGUUAAAUAAAGACCCAGAGGUUCGAAUAUUUCACUGCUGUCAGUGUACAUCUGUGGAGACGGUUACUGAACUGACAGAGUUCGCCAAAUCUGUGCCGGGCUUCUCUAACCUGGACCUGAACGACCAGGUAACGCUUUUGAAGUACGGCGUCCACGAGGCGCUCUUCGCCAUGCUGGCGUCCUGCAUGAAUAAAGACGGCCUGUUAGUGGCGUACGGUAGCGGCUUCAUCACCAGAGAGUUUCUGAAGAGCUUACGGCGGCCCUUCAGCGACAUGAUGGAGCCCAAGUUUCAGUUUGCCAUGAAGUUUAACUCCCUCGAGCUGGACGAUAGCGAUCUUGCGUUGUUUGUCGCUGCCAUCAUCUGUUGUGGAGAUCGUCCAGGCCUGACGAACGUGCCACACAUUGAACUGAUGCAGGAGAGCAUCGUCAACGUUCUUCAGACACAUCUGAGGAGCAACCACGCUGAUAAUGUCUUCCUCUUCCCUAAACUCCUGCAGAAACUGGUGGAUCUCCGACAGCUGGUGACCGAGCACGCUCAGUUAGUGCAAGAGAUCAAGAAGACCGAGGACACGGCACUGCAUCCAUUACUGCAGGAGAUUUAUAGAGACAUGUACUGACUCGGGUCUGAUGCUCUCGGACACAACCAUGACCAUUAAUGGUUCCUUUCUCUUGUAGAUUUCUAGAAGAGUCUGGAAAGGACAUAAAGCCUCCAAACUGAAGGGCUUCGGCGUGAACCACUAGUCCCAGGAUUUGCUGGGAUUCUGGGCCUGUCAGAAAAAUGUACAGAAACAUUAUUGUUAGGGUAAAACGAUUGGUUUCUGUGUUUGUUGGUGAAAAAGUUAAGAUAUAAACUAAACUUGACCUGUGGUUUUAAGACUAGAGAUAUUUUUGGAUACUUUAUAUAAUACUUGGGCCAGAAACUGUGAAUCAAACACUAAUAUGCCCAUCUUCGUACAGCAAUAUCACUUUUGUAUUGAAAUGCAGUACAUUUUCAGUAUGACCACCCAAGUGACUUCCUCAUAGACCCUCAGUAACUAGUAAAAACUGACUGGUUUAUACUCUACAGGGACAUUUAACUUUAGACUUACCGUUGUUACAAGCACAUUAUUUUGUAUCAUGCUAAUAUGAAGCACUUUGAAGCGUUUUAAACAGUUUCUGCAAAUGUUUCAUAUUGUUUGUCCUGUCCUUCCUGAGCUCUCAUACAGCCCUCGGAUAACGUUCACUGAUUUGUUCGUUCACACCAUAGACGGAUGACGCGUCUUCAUAGACUUCCAUUGUAAGAAAAUGAAGCGAAAUAUAUCAAAAAUGGCCGCUGACAUCAUUUAGAGUAAGAAUCCUGGAGUAUAGUCUGUUACAUGUAUGCGAAUGUAUGCUCACCGUCAAACGCACAGCCCUGCAAGGUAUCGUUUAUUUGACUCGUACGUGUACAUGGAUGUUCGAUGCAUGCGCAUUGCGACAAAAUGCAAUGCAUCUCUUGGGCUACAUACUGCAUUCUCCUGACCUGUAGGCACAUGCAAAGGUUUCGAAAAUCUGGUGGUGUACUUGCAGUACGUGCGCACUCUUCUGAUAACGAAAAUUGCGUCACACGCACUGUACGCGGACCAGCACAUACAUGUAAAACAUUUACUUCGGUUAAUGCUGCGUUUACACCAACCGCGUCGAAAUCGCGCCUAGUUUGCCGCUUGAACAGUUUGAAUGCAAUCGCGCAUCUCGAGAAAAAGCAAGCAUUUGACGCGCGUCAGAGGCAAAAUCUGCUUUUUGUGGGAGGGGCAAGUGCUAUGCGGUUGUCUGUUUGCAAGAUGACUGAUGUUGAUUGUGCAUUUAUCAAGAGAGUUACCGGUUUGUAUUUGGUAACCUUACUAUAGGGGGAAAAUAAACGGUGCGGGUCACGUGACUCAAAAGUGAAAUGUGUAUUUACAACUUACCAGGUUGCCCAAAGUCCUCACUGACACUCUUCUAAGCGAGGUCCUUUUUAUUCCUUUCUCUAUAGAAGUAAGAACUUGUGUCAUAUAGCUCCGGGUGACUGCUUUGGACAAUAUCAAGCGUUCCUCCAUGUUGAAUAAGUGACUCCGGGUGGGGCUGCCGCCGCAGCAGCAAGCAGGCUCGUGAUUGGUUAACACGGCGCGAAAUUCCACCAAAGUUCAAACUUUUCAACUCGGGCGUCAGCUGCAAAUUCGCAUCAAACGCAAAAUGCACAAAAAGCACCAUUCGCGCGUACUGUGCCAGGCACUCAAUUCGCGCGAACUAGAUGCGCGAAUGAGGCGGAAUCGCACCUUCUGCGCCACGCAAAACACCUCAUCCGCACCACGAGACCUCCAGACACGCGUCAACGCGUCUUCACAUUGACUUAACAUUGAAAUCACUCGCGCUUCACGCCUCUACCGCGGCUGGUGUAAACGCAGCAUUAGAGUCUGCGCGGUAAUGAUCAAGCGGUAUCAAGGCUCCGCCCAUUUUGGCUUCAUCACAUUUGACUCGUUCACAGACGGAAAUCAAGUCGUCACACCACUUUUAAUAGCAAUUAACUCUUUCCCCGCCAUUGAAGAGUUAUCUUGUCAAUUAAGAUAAAACAUUUGCAUGAAAAAACGUGUUCCUGAUGAAUUUUAAUGGUUAGGUGUAAUACCGAUUAUCCACUAGAUGGCGCACUUACCCAAUUUAUAAAAAACUGUAUCUACAUCUUAUCUCGUACAAAAUUCCUUUGAAUUCCUUCGUUUGUUUGGAAUCCGAGGGUGUGUUCUUUCAUUUGAUAUAUUUGUAUGUUUAUAUAUUUUUGGAAGAAAAUUUUCCUGGAAGACAUUUUGAAAAUCACAAAAAAUGCUGGCGGGCAACUUUAAAAAAAAAUGCUGGUGGGGAAUGAGUUAAUAAUUAACUUAAAAACACACAUGUAAAGGUACAUUAACAUGACAAAAAUGACUAAAAUAACUAUAACUAGGCAAAAUAUUUUUGAAGUUUAAGUUUGGCUCAAGUUGGGUUUAUGAUCUAUACUGCAGCCAGCCACCAGGGGGCGAUCGAAAUGUUUUGGCUUCACUUUUCAAGGACUGUUUCCCCCAAAUAUGACACAACAAAUCAAAAUGAUUUUUAUUAAGCAUUUUAAUAAGCAAAAUAUCUAUACAAUCUUCUCUUUUCAAUCUCUCAUAACUUUCCUCAAACGCGAGUUCUUUAAACAGCCCAGACACAGAAGCUAAUGUUAAAAAGUUAAUAUUGUUGUAUUGGAGUUUUAGGAUGGUUACACAUAAGACGUCAAAGUAACGAUUGCUGAAGUUGUGCUUGUCACCAGGUUUGAUACGAACAAAAACAAAACAAUGUAAGCUCUGAUUGUCAGCAGUUGUGUUCCUACAGAACUUCAGUGUCAUUGAAAAUACAGAAAUACUGAAUUCAGCGUAACACGUGAGGAUGUGCAUUUCUGAUAUGCACUUAACUUGUAAAAUGUGUUUUGUUUGUAAGUCGUGUCCGCUUGACCUUGCUUCUCUGUGGCUCAGUUUCGAUAGUUUAACACCUCGGAUAUUGUUUAGGUAUUAUGCACUAUGCAAGAUUAUGACUAAAUGUAGUCUUUUUAUACUAAAGCAAAGUUAUCUUUAUGAAUAUAUAUAUCAAAUGUAAAAACUGAGAAAGAGUAAACUGUGGCAAGCCUAAAUUGUCUUAAAUUCCCACUUUAUAAUAUACCGAUACACAAAUCCAUUAAGAGAGCGAUGUACACACUUGUUUAUUAUAUUGCACAAACAUGAGAUGAGAUGCACGGAUACUAAAUUUCUUUGCAGAUACCGAUAAGUAGGAGUGAUGUCUGACGAUACAGAUUACCGAUAGUUUUUUGCUUAAAUUAACACAAUUUUGUAAGAAAUGCAAAUAAAACUUUUUUCUUAAUUCUUUUAUUCGUUAUCCAAUUGCCAAUAGUGUGAAAAAAAAACGCUUUUAGUGGCUGAUACAGAUUAUUAGCAAAUAUAAUAAAAGAGUCACAUCUUUGAAUCCUGAUUGACUAUUUAUUUCUUCUAACAUCAGGGAAGGUUUAUAAAUAUUGGUCCUAGAUCAGUGAUCCUACUGUCAGAAACCUUUUUGCAUACAAAUCUGUAUGUUUGUGAAGUCGUGCAUUGGCGUAAAAAAACAUUUCUGCAAUUAAAAGCAGUUUAUUGUAUUGAAUCGAAGCUCUGGUUAUUUCAUGUGGACUUUAACAGGGUGAUUUUAUUUUGCCACAAAUCUGUUACUGAAAAUCUGAUGCUUUUGAACUUUUAUUCUGACCAAUCCUAUUGUUUUUUUUAAGCAUCUCCUGUCGGGUUGUUUUAAUGUACUCUAAUAUCAACCCAUAGUCUCAGGUACAAGAGUAAAGAUACUCCUGAACAUUUUAUUCGUAUUUCUAUAGAUCUACCACUGCCAUGUGUCAAGCCAAAUGGUUUGUAAAUCCAGCGAGGUUCUUGAAGGUGCGCUUUCUGACGUGUCUCAACGCACUGUCAGGACAUUUUAGAAAUGAGUAAAUGCAGUAAAAGCAUCAUUUUACUAGCUUAGUGUCUUUUUCAUAUCAGUUUAUGUGCUCAUAUUAAUGGUGACUGAUUUACUUUAUUUCUGUUUAAUGUGUAAAUGUGUUCAUAUCCCUUCAGAAUGUGCUGAAUUCAUCCUCCAAUCACGGUUAUUAGUACGGCUGUGUGCAGAAUUGAAUGCUAAGCUUACUACAUACUAACUACUGGACAUUAUACAGUAUACUGCAUUUGUGUGUGUGCAAUGUUAAAUGUAUGCUACCUUCUUGCAUGUUUCAUUUUAGGGGAUGGGUCAAUGUUUAUUUUUUAUUUUUUUGUGUUAAAAAGUCAAGCAAGAAAAGAGAUUUGAGGCUAACAUUACUGGUUUAAUUGUCAUACUGGGAAUCUGAAGGUCAAAUGAGACGCAUUGCAUUGUGGGAUACAUUGUUAUGUGCUGUGUGCGCCCUGGUUGUGUAUUGCACAUCUGUUCUCCCUGCUACAAUGUACGUAAUACAAACAGCAGAAAUAGUGAAGUGUGGCAGUAUGUCUUUCAUGUGCCUUAGAUUCAGACAGACUGCAUGUUAUUCAAUGAAGGUGAAUGAUUUAUGGCAAAUUUGAAUGUCACUUGUACAAUUAGUAGUUGCAAAACUGGUUGUUUUUUGUGUAUUAUAAUUCAAAAUUGAUCAAAUUGAGGUUUCAUAUGCCAAUCGAGCAAAUGUGCAUAAAGUAUUACAUUGUUUUCUGUUUAUUUCUCAUUCAUUAAAAUGACAUGCUUUGUUGUUUUCAACUAGAAUGCAUGGUGGUAGAAGGGAUUCGAAUGAUUUUAUAUCAGGGAAUUGUCUCUUGGUCUUCCCGUAGUGCGUAUAGCUCAGGUCAAAGUGAAAUAUUGCUCUGCCUUUCACAGCAUAAUUUCUAAUAAACGAUUGAUACACAGACUUUUCACUUUGUAUUAGCUAUUAAUUGUUAAUGUAAUGCUGCAAAAAAGGGAUUCUGUGUAGAUUUUAUAACUAUAGACACAUGUUUGACACACCAAGUCCUGUUUUAAAAUAAAAGAUAAUUGUAAAACCAA